ACUUUUACUAACUUUAUCAUGAUAAAAAGUCAUGAAGAUAAGUUGUCCUUUGUUUCUAUGUGUUCAGAAUCUCACUAUGCUCACAGAAAAAAUCCAAUUGAUACCUGUAAUAUAUUUACCAAAUUGGAUACUUAUAUUCUUCACAUUUCUCCUUCAAAUGUCUGCGAUUGCGGAGAAAAAUGACUUUAUGACGAACACUUCCAAGCUACUGGAAAGCCUCCUUUCUGCAGAAAACUAUGACAAACAGAUAAGACCAGGCUUUGGAGGCUCUCCUACAGUAAUCGACACUGAUAUAGAAAUCCGGAGCUUUGGUUCAAUAUCUGAAACUGAUAUGCUAUUUUCAAUCGAUUGUUACUUUCGACAAACUUGGUUUGAUACUCGACUGAAAUUUAGAAGCGGAAAUUUAACAGUUUUAUCCAUGGAUUGGAAAUUUUUACAAAGAAUUUGGACUCCAGAUACAUACUUUUUAAAUGGCAAAAGCUCGUAUCUUCAUAAAGUUUCUGCUCCCAAUAAAUUUGUUCGAGUAAGAAAUGAUGGACAAUUAAAGUAUUCUAUGAGAUUGACAAUACAAACAAAUUGUCCUAUGCAUCUACGAAAGUAUCCUCUUGACAAGCAAGCAUGUCCUCUUGUAAUUGGAAGUUUUGCUUAUACUUCUAAUGAUGUUCGUUACCAAUGGAGGGGUGAAACACCAGUAAUAGUAGCUGAUGAUGUUACUUUAUCGCAAUAUGAUUACCUCAAUAUUACUCUUGCAAAUCAUACGGAAGUUAAGCCAAGAGGAACAUCCUCUUUGCUUGCCAGAUUUAUUUUAAAAAGACGAAGAGGGUAUUUUAUUUUGCAAAUCUACGCCCCUUGUGCUAUGAUAGUAGGUGCAUCAUGGGUUUCUUUCUGGAUCAACAAAAGUGACGCUCCAGGAAGAGUGGCUGUUGGCGCAACUACGGUGCUGACUUUAGUAACUAUGGGAUUUGGUGGCAGGUCAUCACUCCCUAGAGUUGCAUAUGCCACUGCAAUAGAUUGGUUUGUCAUUUUAUGUUUUUCCUUUGUUUUUGCUGCAAUGGUUGAAUAUGCUUGCGUUAACGUCGUUGAUAGAAAUGAUCUCAUUAAACUACAAAGAGCUCUGAAGCUUCAACAAGACAAGGAAAGUAUUCCAGAAACGCACAAAGAAAAUGGAGAUGAACUAACAGUUGCAGGAAUUUCUUGUGAUAAUGAAAAAAAAUCAGAAACGUUUUUUAAAAGAUUCCGUCCAUUUCGCUGGAAAAAGAAAAAACGAUACAGAGAAAUCAACACUAACAUUCAAACAAGCUGGACUCGAGAUAGAGGAAGCCGUAUUGAUGGAUAUGCUCGAAUAUUGUUUCCUUGUGCUUUUGCUCUCUUUAAUAUUCUCUAUUGGACGUUGUAUUUGUAUACUAUUGAUGAUGAGAUACCGGAUGACAUAGAUAUAUUGUAGUUGAUUUCCAGUUUUAAGUGGCUAAAUGUAACAAAGUCGAGUUCUUCGACAGAUUUUAAGAUUUGUUUACAAAACAACCGGCAUAUUUAGUACGAAAAUUUUACUUGGUAUUGAUUUUAGCUUUCAUCCAUUUAAAAAAAAUAGACUGAACGUUUCUAACAGGUUUAUUUAUUUAUAUGCACAAUUCUUUACAGUAACGUCCAACGAGAGAUUAAAAAAUAUAUAAAUUAAAUUACUUAAAUAUAAAGAUUAUAAUUAUUGUGGUCAAUGCAUUUCUAAAAGUUUUUAAAUUGAGGUAACGUCAUAGACAAUUUAAAAUACAUAAUCGAUGUAGUAUUUAUUGUUAUUCAGUCAUUCAACGUUUGAUGGGUGACCAGAUGAGGACUGACUGAGUACAAAAUUAAUAAUCUCGAAAACAAAGAUUCGCAUUAAAAAGUAUGCCUAUCUUAAAAACUGUGAAAAUGUUAUGCCAAAGUUUUUGGAAUUUAGUUACAAAAGUUACCAACAGACAGCGCAGUGCACCAAAUAGAGUUUUUUGAAAGUAAUAGGCCGUAAAACUGUAACCAAACAUUGCUA